AUGCGCAGAAACCGGCGCGGUUCUGUACAAUUUAUAAAUUUUUCUUCCACAGCGUCCGAUAACACGAUGGUGGACCACGGCGCAUCGAUGGAUCAUGUUAUCGUUCGAACGCCAGUCCAAAAUCCCAAUACUUGCAAGGGGUUUUUGCAGGCCUACUUCUCACAGUCUGCCAAAGGAUGCUACUUGCGAGCAUCUUGGAGAGACGCACGAGUCCGCAAACCUUGCUUAAAUGGAACUCACAAGAGGCAUUCUAGCUACAACAUAUAUAAUUGUGUGGUUGGUGAUGCUCUUAAGAUUUCUGUUGGGGGAGGUCGUUCCACCAGUUGCCCAGUUCGAUUUCCACGUGCAGAAACUUCAGGGACAUCUUGUGCUGGUUUGGAGCAAUCACCCUUUCAAUUGCCAUUGGAGCAUCAGAACUUCUCUGCUCCUAGUACGGGUUGCAGUACCAAAUGCAGCAUGAAUGCCUUGCGGCGUCAGGUUCCUGACGAGUUGUUGCAGUACCGUUUGGCCGUUCAAAAUGCCAAAAAUGGAAGAUACGGGCUGAGUAUACGAGAGCUCCUAGCAAACCCGGAUUUCGUUGAAGAUGACGAGGAAGAACAGGGGGAGGACAGUGUUGCCAUAUGUGAAAAUUAUUAA